GAUGAGUGUCUUCCUGUACAUCCUGGCGGCCCGGGCCUCCUGUGCUGCCCACCGGCAGGGCUUUGAGAAGAAGGGCCCUGUCUCUGGCCUGAGGCCCUCCUUCGCUGUCCUGCUGCUGCUGAGUGCCGCGUGGCUGCUGGCUCUGCUCUCCGUCAACAGCGACACUCUCCUCUUCCACUACCUCUUCGCUGCCUGCAAUUGCAUCCAGGGCCCCCUCAUCUUCCUCUCCUACGUGGUGCUUAGCAAGGAGGUCCGGAAAGCACUCAAGUUUGCCUGCAGCCGUAAGCCCAGCCCUGACCCUGCUCUGACCACCAAGUCUACCCUGACCUCGUCCUACAACUGCCCCAGCCCGUAUGCGGAUGGGCGGCUGUACCAGCCCUACGGAGACUCGGUCGGCUCUCUGCACAGCGCCAGCCGCUCGGGCAAGAGUCAGCCCAGCUACAUCCCCUUCUUGCUGAGGUGA